AUGACUAAAAGUAUGGAUAAACAUGGAGCCUUGGAUUCUCAAUAUACUGAACAAAUCUUAACGAAUCAUCAUCCCAAGCCAACUCUUCUUUAUUGCACUCCUCCACCUUCCCCCAUGACCAAUAAUUUAGGACAUCCAAAUCGUUCAUGCUCCAAGCAUCGUUGUCAGUACACGUCUUAUUCGCCUCCGGAAGAACCGUUACCUUCCGUUCCGGAGGAUGAUACCAUGAGACAACACUGGAUCCAAAAUAAUCAAAGAAUGAAUCAAGACGUAAAAUUACAACCUACGGUUAUCAAGAACGAAUAUGAUUUUCUUAACGAUAACUCCAUUCUUGGCAUGAAUAUCGAUAAUUCAGCAAUGCCUCUUUUAGUAUCAGGACCUCAAUACGCUCCUGUUCGAUAUCAACAACAACAGUUGGCUCAAUUACAACAAAAUUUGGUACAACCGUCUUAUAUGUUACCACAACAAUGUCAACAAAUUCCACAAUCGUCUAUUAUUAAUCGAAACAUUUAUAAUUCUGUUAUGCAACCAAUGCAGUCAGUUCCUUCAGUUUCCGAUAAUUACAUGCGCGGUACUAUUACAUUGAAUUACAAUUUGAAUGGUUUAUUGCAAGUAAUGGGUCCAGCAUAUGCUACCAUACUUCAAUCCGUAACAAAAGGCACUGGUCCAGUGAUACCUCCAACUGGUUUCUCGAGUGUUCAACAAUUACAAUAUUGGAUUCGUGAAAAAAUCCUAGCGUUAAGUCAAGAAUGGAUAGGUGAUAUAGAACAACCUUACGUUUUUGAUCCUGAAGAAAAACUUAAAUUACGAUUAAUUGAUGAUGAACAACAAGGUCAAUAUUCCUAUGAUUCUUAUGUUUUACGACAUCAAUUCGAUGUUAUUAUUGAUCGAGCAGAAUAUUCUGGCGAUAAUUUCGAUCCCCAAACCGGUGAUUAUAAACCUUUCGAUGAUUUAAAUCAAUAUGAUGAUGAUGAUAGAUUUAGUGGAAAUAGUAAUAGAAGCAGUAUCGAUAUAGAUCCAUCAGAUAUUUUCCUUCAGAAACUCUAUGCGUUCGUUCGUAAGUUUAUGAAGGAUGUUCCUUGGUUACGAGAAAAUUUCAUGAUGAGUAUCUGUAGAGAUUAUGAUACUGUGUCUGAUGGUGGUAUAUCUGACGUUGCUGUUGAAAUACGAAAAAAUCAAUCAUCACCUUUAUUAUAUUCUCAACAACAAAAUCGACAAACAUUUGCGAUGAAUAACGAUAUAUAUGACUCACAAAGUGAUAUAGUUAAGGGACGAUUAUGCUUUUAA